CGCGCUGGUUUCGUUCACUUCCGGUCGGCAUUUUGUCUGCGAGAGAGGAAUCGCCUUCGAGGCUGAGCUGGAGUUUCCGCCGCCGCUCGGUGCCUUUACCCAGGCUCAGAGAGCCAGGCCGCAUCGCAGGCAGACGCCGAAGCCGCAUCUGGGAGAUGUGAAGUGAGACUGGCUGGAAACUAGACAGAAGUAUCUGUGUGUAGACACGAUAAUUUCUACAACUUCAGGAUGAAUGGGGAUAUGCCUCAUGUUCCCAUCACCACACUUGCUGGGAUUGCUAGCCUCACUGAUUUAUUGAAUCAACUUCCACUUCCCUCCCCGCUGCCUGCUACCACAACAAAAAGCUUGCUGUUUGGAGGGAGAAUUGCUGAAGAUGUAAAUUGCCUCAUGGGUUGUAGGGACGAGAGUCUUGUAUCACAGUUAGUACACAGCCUCAGCCAAGUCUCCACCGAUCAUAUAGAACUGAAGGAUAAUCUUGGUAGUGAUGACCCAGAGGGUGAUAUUCCAGUUCUCCUGCAAGCUGUUUUGGCUAGAAACCCCAAUGUCUUCAGGGAGAAAAGCAUGCAGAAUCGAUAUGGAGUUCAGAGUGGUAUCAUGCAACAACAGAUCAUCCAACACCAACAAUACAAACUACCCCAGAAUUCCAUACAUGGGAGCCCUGCAUCCUCCACUUUUCAGCAGUCCACAAUCUCGCACAGUCCUUCCAGUCGAUUUGUACCACCUCAGUCAAGUUCGGCCAACAGAUAUAUGACUCAGCAGAACAGUCCUGCGCCCAGUCCUUAUGCUCCCCAGAGUCCUCCAGGUUACAUCCAAUAUCCACAACAUCCUCCAAGCUAUACACAACAUCAACAGAUACAACAAGAGUUGCAUGGUUCCCCUCUGGUAUCAGGUCCUACGUAUUCUGGGAGUCCUCAGAGACCUGUGCAACCCUGUUUGAUAGUCCAGACUCAGCCUUCUCCUCAGCAGCAACAGUCAACCUCCACGCUAGCUUCUGUGUCAAGCCCUAUGAUUCCCAGUGGAAUGCGGAAUAUUCAUGAUAGUAAAGUGGCAAGUCAGAUGUCAGGCUCCUCAUCCAAUCACCAUUCAGAUAAUUCAAGACAUGGAUCGAGUGAGGACUAUAUACACAUGGUGCAUCGGCUUGGAUCAGAGGAUGGCGAUUCUUCGUUGAGAAAUGCUGCUUCCUUCCCUUUAAGGUCGCCACAAGCAGUGUGCUCUCCUGCAAGCAGUGAUGGUACUCCAAAAGCAUCCAGGCCGCCUCUGAUCUUGCAGUCGCCGCCUCCUUACACCUCUCCCAGAGAUGCCCCACCUGAUAUUCUGCUCGACUCCCCAGACAGGAUGGGAAGCAAGAAGAAAACUAAAAAGGCUAAGCUCACCAAGGAGGAAAAAGAACAGGCAGAUAAGACUGCUAUGUAUGAUAUUGUCAGCUCUCCAUCUAAAGACUGUACAAAACUCACUUUGAGGCUGACUCGGGUUCGAGAUCAGCAGGAUGACAUGCUCCCAAACAUGGACAGCAGUACAGAAAAUGAGGCAGAAUUGAACAAUAUACAGUUCCCAGAACAGACUGCCAAACAGCCAGGGACUCAUAAUGAUAUCCAUGGCUCAAUGAAUGUUUCUGCUCAAUGUGUGCCUCAACAGGAGCAGGCCUUUCUUCAAGUGCAGCAGGGCACUGUCUUACAACAGAACAAUGCAAUUGGAACAGUGAAAACAGCACAGACACAGCCACUACAGCAACAAUCACAACAACAGGCAAUGACACCAUACGAUGAGGUAGAGUUGGAUGCUUUAGCAGAAAUUGAACGGAUAGAACGAGAGUCUGCCAUGGAGAGAGAGAGAUGUUCCAAGGAGGUACAGGAUAAAGACAAACCCUUAAAGAAACGGAAACAAGACUCAUUUCCUCAAGAGACAGCUGGAGGAGGUGGGAGUGGCGCAAAUAGACCUGCGCUUUUGGUCAGUAUUGAUCUACAACAUGCAGGAAGAACUGAUGGACAGGCAGCCCCUCCUUUAGAUUCAGAAAAUGUGAAAAAGUCUUUGGAGUUAGUACGGCAGAGUACUGAAGUGUCAUUAAUGCGGCAAGAUGAUACAUUGGGGGUAUUAAAGCCUAAGCCAGAAAAUCACCCAGAUAUUUCAAGGAGAAAAUCUGAAAAUGAAGGGCAAAAAGACACCAGCAGGCCUGAUGUGAUCAAACCUAGACCAGAAACUCCAAAACAGAAAAGUGAGAUCCGACCUGAGACACCGAAGGGAAAACAUGACAACAGGCGAGAUGUGGCUAAAGCAACUCCAGAAAAAAGACUCGAAAUAUCUAAACACAAGCAUGAGGGUAAAUCUGAACAUACAAGAAUGAAAGCUGAGAGUCGAUCAGAAACGCCAAAGCCACGCCAUGAGGGACGACAGAGUUCAGACAUUCCCAAAGACAAGCGAGAGCUGAAUCAGGAAACCCAGAAACAGAAGUCAGAUGAAAAAAAUGAUUGUGAGCGAGGAAAACUAGAUGCAUCAAAAGUCAGGAGACCAGAUACACCAAAAUUAAUAAAAAAUGAGUCUGAUUGCAAACCACCUCGAAAUGAGACUCCUAAAAAUAACCAGACAGACUGUUCAAAAUCAGUGAAAAUAGAAAAAAAAGCACGUUCUGAUUUAGGGGAUCGAGGAGAUCGUGGUGACCGAAGUGAGCGGCGUUCACCAGAGGAACACCGGUUGCGGUCAGAAAGCCCAAGGGUCAAACAGGAUAACAGGGAGUCUGGAAAAAUAAAGUCUGAAAUGAAAGAUCGAACAGCAUUGAAACAGAGUAGAAGAUCAGAUGUUUCAGCAGGAUCAUUGAGCAGUAAGGAUAGGGAUGAGCGAAGAUCGGAGGGGAGCAAAGUGAAACCGGAGACACUGAACACACUUUCUGACAAAGAAAAGUUCCCCAGCUAUCUACUGGGGGGAGGAAGGUCCAAUGCACUAAAAAACUUUGUAAUUCCAAAAAUUAAGCGAGAUAAAGAUGGUAAUGUUUGUAAUGAGCAGAAGGAAUUGAGAAAGUCAGUGGAUAAAAAUGAAUUAAAGUUGAAAGUGGAAAAGAUGGAUCUAGUGGAGGACCUGAAGAAAGUAAUCAAACCUGUUGUGGUUCUUCAUAAGUUGCCCUUUGAUGAAGUGCAGAAAUUUAUCAAGGAUAAUGAAGACAAAAAUGCAUCAAGAAGUUCCAGCAAAUCGAAGAGUCGAUUGCCCUCCAAGCCAAGUAAAGGUGGUAUUGACCAAUCGGUGUUGAAGGAGCUGCCCCCUGAUCUCCUUGCUGAGAUAGAAUCUACAAUGCCACUUUGUGAACGUGUCAAAAUGAACAAACGGAAGCGCAGUACAGUGAAGGAAAAGCCAAACUAUGCAGAAAUCAGCUCAGAUGAGGGUGAUAAUGACAGUGACUUUGAAUCUUCCAGGAAGAGGCACAAGAAGGAUAGAGGAAUGGAUAAAGCCUGGGAAUGUGAAGAACGUGACCGUCGGAUUCUAAAUGAAAUCCGAAGAAGCAGCUAUUCAUUUGAAGGCAGACGUAGCUCAGGAAGCAGAUAUCGGGAGUGCAGCCCUGGAUCAGAGGAGGAUUCCCCCCCUCCCAGUCUUAGUGAUAUUGCCAAAAAGAUGAGAAAAAGAGAAAAACAAAAGAAGAGGAAAGCAUAUGAGCCUAAACUAACUCCUGAAGAAAUGAUGGAUUCGUCAACAUUCAAACGAUUCACAGCUACAGUGGAAAACAUUUUGGAAAACCUGGAGGAUAUGGAUUUUACUACAUUAGGUGAAGAUGAUGAGUUGCCUCAGGAGUUGUUAUUAGGCAAACAACAACUCAAUGAAUUGAGCAGCGAAUCUGCCAAGAUCAAAGCUAUGGGCAUCAUGGACCGGCUCCCAACAGACAAGAUGGUGAAGGUGCUAAGUAUUUUGGAAAAGAACAUACAGGAUGGGGCCAAGCUUUCCACUUUGUUCAAUCAUGACAAUGAAACAGAAGAUGAGGAGAAGCUGUGGAGAGAACUGAUCUUGGAAAGAGUGACUAAAUCAGCAGAUGCUUGCCUGACUGCGCUGAACAUUAUGACGUCUCCAAAUAUGUCUAAAGGGGUGUAUAUCGAUGAUGUUAUUGACAGGGUGAUCCAGUUCACCAAGUUCCACCUACAAAACACUCUGUAUCCACAGUAUGACCCUGUCUACAGAAUCGACCCGCAUGGCUCAGUGAUGGCUAAACACCAUGAGGAGAAUCGCUUUCACUCAAGGGGUGGCAGUUCAAAAGCCAAGCGAGCAAAAUACUCCAGCCAUAAACAAAGGGUAAUCGUCAUGUUAUACAACAGAGUGUGUGACAUCGUCUCUAACAUGGCAGAACUGUUGGAGAUACAGCUCCUCACUGACACUACAAUCCUACAGGUUUCAUCCAUGGGAAUUACACCUUUCUUUGUGGAAAAUGUUAGUGAAUUGCAGCUAUGCGGCAUCAAGUUGGUGACGGCUGUGUUCUCAAGGUAUGAAAAGCACAGACAGUUGAUAUUGGAAGAGAUGUUUGCCUCACUUGCAAAACUCCCAACAACUAAGAGGAGUCUAAGAAAUUUCAGGUUAAACAGCAGCGACAUGGAUGGAGAGCCGCUUUUUAUUCAGAUGGUGACUGCCUUAGUUUUGCAGCUGAUUCAAUGUGUUGUACAUCUUCCAACCACAGAGAAGGAUUCCAACACUGUUGAUGACGAUGGAGACAAGAAGGUUGAUCAAGAUGUCUUAAUUACCAACUCAUAUGAAACAGCAAUGAGAACGGCCCAGAACUUUCUAUCAGUCUUCCUCAAAAAGUGUGGCAGCAAGCAAGGAGAAGAAGACUACAGACCACUCUUUGAAAACUUCGUCCAAGAUCUCCUUUCCACUGUUAACAAACCAGAGUGGCCAGCAGCAGAAUUGUUGCUAAGUCUCUUGGGAAGAUUACUGGUUCACCAGUUCAGUAACAAGUCGACAGAGAUGGCUCUCCGAGUAGCUUCCCUUGAUUACCUGGGAACCGUGGCAGCACGGCUGAGAAAAGAUGCUGUAUCCUGCAAAAUGGACCGGGAGUCAAUUGAUCGGAUACUCAAACAGGUUUCAGGGAUAGAAGAUGAAGUUCAGCAGCUCCAGAAAGCACUGCUGGAUUACCUGGAUGAGAAUACGGAGACUGACCCCUCGCUAAUGUUCGCUAGGAAGUUUUACAUUGCACAGUGGUUUCGUGACACUACAAUGGAGACAGAGAAGGCAAUGAAGUCACAGAAUCAGAAAGAUGACGAUUCCUCAGAUGGAGCACAACAUGCUAAGGAGGUAGAAUCUACAGGCGAGAUCAUGCAAAGAGCAGAAAAACGCAAGAAGUUUCUUCGCUCUGUCAUCAAAACUGCCCCAGCUCAAUUUAGCACGCUGAGAAUGACCUCUGCUAAUGUAGAUUAUGAAGAUGCCUGUCUGAUUGUCCGGUACUUGGCCUCCAUGAGGCCGUUUGCACAGAGCUUUGAUAUUUAUUUGACACAGAUUCUGCGUGUACUAGGAGAAAGUGCGAUCGCUGUACGAACAAAGGCUAUGAAGUGUCUAUCUGAGGUAGUUGCUGUGGAUCCCAGCAUUCUUGCAAGGCUGGACAUGCAGCGUGGUGUCCACGGACGCCUGAUGGAUAAUUCCACAAGUGUGCGUGAAGCGGCUGUGGAGUUACUGGGUCGCUUUGUGCUGAGUCGACCUCAACUCACUGAGCAGUAUUACGACAUGUUGAUCGAGAGGAUAUUGGACACUGGUAUCAGUGUGAGAAAGAGAGUUAUCAAAAUUCUACGUGACAUCUGCAUUGAGCAACCUACCUUCUCUAAAGUGACUGAGAUGUGUGUGCGAAUGAUUCGUAGAGUUAAUGAUGAAGAGGGCAUUAAGAAACUGGUGAAUGAAACAUUCCAGAAACUCUGGUUCACUCCCACCCCUUCUCACGAUGCUGAAGGGAUGACACGGAAAAUCCUAAAUGUCACAGAUGUGGUCGCUGCUUGCAGGGACACUGGGUACGAUUGGUUUGAGCAGCUUCUUCAGAAUUUGUUGAAAUCUGAGGAAGAUGCUUCGUACAAACCUGUGAAGAAAGCCUGUGUACAAAUUGUGGAUAAUCUGGUGGAACACAUUCUGAAAUAUGAAGAAUCCCUUGCAGAUUCAGAUAGUAAAGGCAUGAAUACCAACUGUCUCGUGGCUUGUUUAAUUACAUUAUACCUGUUCAGCAAGAUCCAGCCUCAUCUCAUGGUGAAACAUGCAAUGACUCUUCAGCCGUACCUUACCACAAAGUGCAAUACACAAAGCGACUUCCUCGUCAUCUGCAAUGUGGCAAAGAUUUUGGAACUGGUUGUUCCAUUGAUGGAGCAUCCGAGUGAGACCUUCCUGGCCACAAUCGAGGAAGAUCUCAUGAAACUUAUCCUUAAGCAUGGAAUGACGGUUGUUCAACACUGUGUGAGCUGUCUGGGAGCUGUAGUCAACAGAGUAACUCACAAUUUUAAAUUUGUGUGGGCCUGUUUUAAUAGGUAUUAUGGUGCUCUAACAAAACUGAAGGCGCAACACCAGGAGGAUUCCAGCAACACUGCUCUUGUUGGCAAUAAACCUGCCCUUCUUCGCUCCCUUUUUACUGUUGGUGCAUUGUGCCGUAACUUUGACUUUGAUCAGGAGGAGUUUAAAGGCAACACUAAGGUGGUUAUCAAAGAGAAGGUGCUGGAACUUUUGCUGUACUUCACAAAACAUGAAGAUGAGGAAGUUCAGACCAAAGCAAUCAUAGGGUUGGGUUUUGUAUUCAUACAGCAUCCAGAUCUGAUGUUUGAACAAGAAGUAAAGAAUUUGUACAACAAUAUUCUUCGAGACAAAGAAGCCUCAAUUGGCCUGAAAAUCCAGGUACUGAAGAAUCUUCAGACAUACCUGCAGGAGGAAGACUGUCGGAUGCAACAAGCUGAUAAAGAUUGGAAGAAGGUGUCAAAACAGGAAGACCUAAAGGAGAUGGGUGAUAUUUCCUCAGGGAUGAGCAGUUCCAUCAUGCAGCUCUACCUCAAACAGGUUUUGGAAGCUUUUUUCCACACGCACUCUCCUGUGCGCCACUUUGCACUUAAUGUUAUUGCUCUGACGCUAAACCAGGGAUUGGUCCAUCCUGUCCAAUGUGUGCCAUAUUUGAUUGCCAUUGGGACAGACCCAGAAUCAGCAAUGCGCAACAAAUCAGAUCAACAACUGGUGGAAAUAGAUAAAAAGUACACAGGAUUUGUACAUAUGAAAGCAGUGGCAGGGAUGAAGAUGUCUUACCAGCUUCAACAGUCCAUCCAGUCUGAGAUAAGAGAGUUAAUCCGUGGCUUUAGGCAGGAAGAGAAUGUGACAGCUUUGUGUUCACACCUCUACAGCAUGAUAAGAGGAAACCGACAACAUCGACGUGCUUUCCUUAUCGCCUUACUCAACCUGUUUGAUGACAGUGCGAAAACUGAGGUGAACCUGCUACUUUACAUAGCAGACAACUUGGCCUGCUUCCCUUUCCAGACGCAAGAGGAGCCUCUGUUUAUUAUGCACCACAUUGACAUUACGCUUUCAGUUUCUGGAAGUAAUCUGCUGCAGUCAUUCAGGGAGUCUCUAUUGAAAGACACACAGCCGAAGGAAAGGAAAUCUUCAAGCUCUGGGGACAGUGAUAGUGAGGAUGAGAUGCAGCGGCCCCGCAAGUCUAGGAAACGUAUCAACUCUGAUUCAAGUGAUGAUGAGGAUGAUGAUCUGGAAGAUGUGCUCGCUCGAUUGCCUGCAGACUCAACCCCUCUUGUGGAGUUUGUGAAUGCUUCUCAGGGAAUCCUAUUGCUGUUGGUCCUGAAACAACACCUGAAGAACUUGUACGGCUUCUCAGAUAGUAAAAUCCAAAAAUAUUCUCCUUCUGAAUCUGCAAAAGUGUAUGACAAGGCAGUAAACAGGAAAUCAGGCGUGCACUUUAACCCCAGGCAAACACUGGAUUUCCUGAGAAAUGGAGUAGGACAUGCAGAAAUUACAGAAACAGUGAAGAGAAAUAUCGUCAAACAGUACUUGGAUUUCAAAACGUUGAUGGAACACUUGGAUCCAGAUGAAGAGGAUGAAGAUGGUGAAGUGUCUGCUAGCACUGCAGCCCGUAAUAAGGCAAUCAAUGCACUUCUUGGAGGAAGCAGCCCAAAAAACAAUGCAGAAACCGAUGAUGAGGAGAGUGAUGGAGAGGAGCGAGCAGGUGGAGGCAUUGCAGGGGCAACCAGAAGAUCUAAACGAUUGUCUGAGCCAGGGGAUCUUGGAGCUCAGCUGCAUGAAGCUGUGGAAGUAAUGGAUGUGAUUGCCAUCUGCUGCCCUAAAUAUAAAGACCGGCCACAGAUUGCGAGAGUUGUCGAAAAGACCAACAGUGGUUUCAGUGUUCAUUGGAUGGCCGGUUCGUAUAGUGGCUCUUGGACAGAGGCUAAACGCAGAGAGGGCCGCAAACUGGUGCCUUGGGUUGACAGUAUCAAAGAGUCGGACAUCAUUUACAAGAAAAUUGCUCUGACAAGUGCAAAUAAGCUGACUAACAAAGUUGUUCAGACUUUACGAUCGCUGUAUGCAGCAAAGGAAGGAUCUUCCUGCUAACACAACUAAAACUGCAGCCAAAUUCACAGCAGUGAGAAUAAACUUGGGGCUAAAAGACCAUAUUCUGACAACACUUAUAAAAUGAAUGGUUUCACAGUCUGCAGAACUCUACUAGGAUUCAGACACGGAGACAAACGAGAAGAGCAAUUGUCAGAUACCAUUUUCUCGUGGGAGCUUCCUUCGCUGUUGUACAGCCGAACCUUCUUGAUUGAUUUUAACUCCCACUGUAUUAUAGUUUAACAAAACAAAAAAUUGUUUAUAUCUUGGAAAAAGAAUUCUGUUUAAAAAUAAAAGUUAAGUGAAUGUUGGAA